GGGCGGUGUCCCCUGUCUCAGUGCGGCCUUCCCGUCUAGAGUGCGGAGCGUGGAUGUCGUUCCCUCCCGGUUUCUGGAGGCGGGAGAUGAGAGGAAUUAAAUUGUAAACAACUGGAGCUGUGAUGACACCACGAAAUCAGUCCUAAAACAACCUAACUUGGACCGCCAUUUCGGUAUCUGCCAGAGAGACUGUUAAUCUGGUGCCCAAUGGAAGCGGAUGGGUUUCUAAGGAGACGGCGAAUGACAGCGGAGCCAGGCGGUGGAGAACCCGGUGUAGCAGGAGCUUCAGCCGAGGCUGAAAUCCGAUGGCUCGGCGGCAGGUUCUUGGGUGUUUCCGAGGGCUUCGUUGGAAGUUUAUCACCGCGGAUAGGAGGAGAAACUGAAGUACAGACUGCACAGGUCCAUGGAUCUAUGGACAACUUGGACUCUUCGGAACCGGACUAUGAGGGGUUGCCCCAAGGCGCCUCUACCAGCACCCACAUGUUAGCUGGGGCUGUCGCUGGAAUUAUGGAACACUGCUUGAUGUUUCCCAUAGAUUGUGUGAAGACGCGCAUGCAGAGCUUGCAGCCCGAGCCAGCGGCGCGGUACAGUAACGUUCUGGAGGCGCUGCGGCGGAUAGUGCGGACCGAGGGAGCGUGGCGACCAAUGAGGGGACUCAACGCCACGGCGAUAGGGGCAGGGCCAGCGCAUGCACUCUACUUCGCCUGCUACGAGAAACUCAAGAAGAAAAUGAGCGACGCCAUCCACCCUGGGGCCAACAGCCACCUCGCCAACGGAGCAGCAGGAUGUGUCGCCACAUUGCUUCACGAUGCGGCCAUGAACCCGUCUGAAGUGGUGAAGCAGCGCAUGCAGAUGUAUAACUCCCCAUACCGGGGUGUGUGCGAGUGCGUGCGUGCGGUGUGGCUGCGCGAGGGGCCGGGCGCAUUCUACCGCAGCUACACCACGCAGCUGACGAUGAACGUGCCGUUCCAGGCCAUGCACUUCAUGGCGUACGAGUGGCUGCAGGAGCGCCUCAACCCCCACAGACUUUACCACCCCGGCUCACACAUGCUCUCUGGCGCCCUCGCCGGGGCGCUGGCCGCGGCCGCCACCACGCCACUCGACGUCUGCAAGACGCUGCUCAACACGCAGGAGUCGCUGGUGCUGGGGGGGGCGCACACACACACGCAGAUAUCCGGCCUGGCGCAGGCCUUUCGCACCGUGUACCGCCUGGGCGGCACCUCCGCCUACUUUAAGGGCGUCCAGGCGAGGAUCAUCUACCAGAUGCCCUCCACCGCCAUCAGCUGGUCUGUCUACGAGUUUUUCAAGUAUGCCAUCACCAAGCGACAGCAGGAGAAGCGCCGUGGCAACCAAGCGCUAGGAGACAAGUAGCCCCGCCCACUGGAGCGCCAGCAUCUUAUAUUUUAUCAUCUUUCUCCCUCUCUCUUCUUUCUCUCUCUCUUCUCUCUCUGUCCCUUCUCUCUUUCUCUCUCUCUCUCCCCUUUCUCUCGUCCAUGUUCUCAGUAGUAGAUGUGAAUGUGGAGAGAUGAAGGGGUUUCCUGUAAUAACCCUAGGCGUUAAACCCUAACUCUGAAA